UUCACGUCUGGGCGCUCCGACAUGAAACGAAGCGGCGCCUACAGGUUCCUGUCGGUCUUCUCCUUCUUCGCCGCCUGCGCCUCCUUGCUUUUAUUUUGGUUCAUCAUAUUUUACACCAUGAUGCACGUAACUUAAAGUAAAGAGACACAUUUCUGCCGCGGUUUGCUAACCAGGGUUAGCCCGACGAGCUAAUUACCCACACUGCACUGCGUUAUUGACAGCGUCCCCCGGCUUGUCACAUGAUCAGCCUCACCAGGAAGUGAGGAUUUCUGAUUACAGAGCCAUCAAGAAGUCUACAUUUAAUUCAUAGCACAGUUAGAAAACCCGGUAGUGAAGUUGUGAUGGCGUCUGACACCAGUGGAGCCGCCGCGUCCUCUGCUGCGGACCUCAAGCUGCAGUUUGCUCCCCUCAGCAGCGCCCUGGAGGCAGGUUUCUGGCACCAGCUCACUCAGAAGAAACUCAAUGACUACAGGCUGGACGAGAGCCCAAAAUGUAUCAAAGGAUACUACUACAAUGGUGACCCUGUUGGUCUGCCCACACGCCUGACUUUGGAGUUCAGCGCAUUUGAUGCGGAUGGUCCCACCCCAGCUCAUUGCUGUCCAGCUAUUGGAACUCUGUAUAACACCAACACACUUGAUGCCUUUAAGACGAGUGAUAAGAAGGCUCUGCAGGAGAAAGAGGCCAAAGAGAUUUGGGAUGCCAUACAGUCUGGGGCUGCGUUGAAGGACCCAUCCAUCCUCUCCAGAUUCAUCCUGUUGACCUUUGCAGACCUGAAGAAGUACCACUUUUAUUACUGGUUCUGCUUCCCUGCACUCUCCUUCCCAGAGGCGAUAAAGAUCAUCAAGCAACCUUCUGUCCUCGAGCAAGUUUUCUCAACAAAACAGAUCGCAGCCUUGCAGGAGGCCUAUGACGACCUGGCGAUCAAAAGAGGAACCAGUGCUGUUCCUUAUUUCCUAAUGAAGUACACAGACGACACUGUUCAGCUGGCUCCCCUCGGGGACUGGGAUACAUUCUUCACUGAUACUAAGAAGGUAACUGUGGGUGUCUAUGAUCCGUGUACGCUGUCUCAACAUCCUGGCUGGCCUCUGAGAAAUCUACUGAUCCUCUUAGCUUACCAAUGGGGGUCUAAGCUGGACACAGUGGAGGUGCUGUGUUUCAGGGACAGAACUCUGCAGGGAAGCCGCUCCAUUCAGCACAGCUUAAUCUUCCAGGUCAAACUACCUGAACUACCCAACAACUCAGUGUGUCCUAAGAGCGUAGGUUGGGAGAAGAACCCUAAGGGUGCCAUGGGACCCAGGAUGGUGAACCUAAGUGAAUGCAUGGACCCUAAAAGGCUUGCAGAGUCAUCAGUGGAUCUGAACCUGAAGCUCAUGAGAUGGAGGCUGGUACCUUCCCUGGACCUGGAGAAGGUGGUCAGCACAAAGUGUCUUCUCCUGGGAGCUGGGACUCUGGGCUGCAAUGUAGCCAGGACUCUGAUGGGAUGGGGAGUGAGACACAUCACGUUUGUAGACAACGCAAAUAUCUCGUACUCUAAUCCAGUUCGGCAGCCGCUCUACGAGUUUGAGGACUGUCUCGGAGGAGGGAAGUCCAAAGCCAUGGCCGCUGUCGACCGACUCACCAAAAUCUUUCCAGGGGUGAUUUCAGAGGGCUACAAUAUGAGCAUACCCAUGCCCGGUCACCCAGUGAAUUUCUCUCCGGCCACUCAGGCCCAGGCCCAGAAGGAUGUCGAGCAGCUGGAGAAACUCAUCUCCGAACACGAUGUGGUUUUCUUACUGAUGGACACGAGGGAGAGCCGCUGGCUGCCGACAGUGAUCGCUGGCAGCAAGAGGAAGCUGGUGAUGAAUGCUGCUUUAGGCUUCGACACAUUUGUGGUGAUGCGCCAUGGGCUGAAGGAACCCCCCGUCAGUCAGAAUGUUUCUGCAGGCGCCGACUCUUCCCCUUCCUGUUCUUCUGCCUCCUCUUCAUCCUCCACACCAGCCGGCUCUGCGCCCUCCGUCCCAGCCUCUCUGUUCUCCAACAUCCCAGGACACAAGCUGGGCUGCUACUUCUGCAACGAUGUCGUGGCACCGGGAGAUUCGACCAGGGAUCGGACUCUGGAUCAGCAGUGCACAGUCAGUAGACCAGGUCUGGCCAUGAUUGCUGGAGCCCUGGCUGUUGAGAUGAUGGUGUCCAUUCUGCAGCAUAGUGAAGGCGGCUACGCAGUGGCCAGUAGCAGUGACGACCGAAUGAAUGAACCUCCCACGUCUCUGGGGCUAGUGCCACAUCAGAUCCGAGGUUUUCUUGCGAGGUUUGAUAACGUCCUGCCUGCCAGCCUGGCCUUCGACAAAUGCACCGCCUGUUCACCCACUGUCCUGGAUCACUAUGAGAGGGAAGGUUUUAACUUCCUGUCCCAGGUUUUUAAUUCUUCCCACUCUUUCCUGGAAGACCUGACAGGGCUGACAUUGUUGCACCAGGAGACGCAGGCAGCCGAGAUUUGGGACAUGAGCGACGACGAGAGCAUCUGAAGGACGAGAGGAACAAACCAAAGGACUGGACUCUGCCCUCCAUGUUUCUGUCUGUUCCUCCUCAAUAGAUCUCAACAUUCAAAAAGGAGAAGAGGAGUGAAAGACUCUUUGUGGUCGACACUGAACCCGACAUCAUCAGAACCAAGAAUGUUACAACAUUGAUGCUGAAAAGCUUUAAAAUUCCAAUUCGUCUUUAUUUGGAUUCAAAACCAGAGAACAUUGUUAGAAAUUCAGAGGCUGGUCAAAGCCUAUUUAAAAAUGAUAAAUGGCAAAAGAAUGAUGUUUUUUUUUUUACUCCUGUUACUUAAUCACUUACUUAAAGGAAACGUAUGAAGCUUUUUUCUGUGUUUUUUUUGUUUGUGUUUUUCCUCUUCGUUUAGUUUGUUGUCGGAUGACAGCCGCCUCGUAGUCCCGCCCAUUCUUCCAGGGCGUCAGGAUGUCACAUGACCUCUCGAUGCUCCGCUUGUUGCACAUUAGUUAGUCUGACAUGUUCCAUAACGAGCCAGGUUAAGCAAGAGGCCGACAUUUCUUACAUGCCGAGGGAAAUGGUUGACAAAUCCCAGUGGGCCAAUCAGAGCCCAGAUAAAGCCCUUAAAGAGACAGAAGCCAAAACCGAGUGUUUCCGACAGAGGCUGAGAGGAGGAGCUGCAGCCAUGACAGUUUAUUAGAACGUGAGCGGCACACGUCUCCCUUAAUGAUCAGUCCCCUUCACUCGCAGACUGGAAUCAGCUCCACACUCCACAUCUACACUAACAGACCUUAUUCUCUCUCUGAGACGGCUUCGGUGAACAGUCGCAGGUUGAGUCUCUCCACCGGCACGUGGACUGGAUUUGCUGAGGAGCCUAUUUUUCUUUUUUUGGCAGGACUUUGACAAACUACAUCUGCUCGCUCACUCAGUUUGAGCUUCAGAUGAAUUAUGAAAACACAAAACACGGUUGACAACUCAGCA